AUGGCCGGCACUCUGACCCACCCAGGCUCCCCUAACCCCGGCUACACCUCCAACAACGCCGCGGCCCCCGUCCCGGUGCCGGCCAUCACACAGACGGACUCCAGGGACAAAUGGAGCAAAAAAAUGGAUUUUCUCCUGUCUGUCAUUGGCUUUGCGGUGGACCUGGGAAAUGUUUGGAGAUUUCCGUAUGUGUGUUAUCAAAACGGUGGCGGUGCUUUCCUUAUUCCCUACAUAUUGAUGGCCAUCUUUGGCGGUGUGCCGCUCUUCUACAUGGAGCUGGCACUGGGCCAGUUCCACAGAACCGGAGCCAUAUCCAUAUGGAAACACAUCUGUCCCAUUUUCAAAGGUAUAGGAUAUGCCAUUUGUGUCAUCGCCCUGUACGUGUCCUUCUACUACAACACCAUCAUCGCCUGGGCCCUCUUCUACUUCUACCACUCUUUUUCCACCGUCUUGCCUUGGACAAACUGCGACAAUGUGUGGAACACCCCCGACUGCACCAACUACUUUGGCACGGACAACGUCACCUGGACGAAUUCCUCCAGGUCUCCCGCAGAGGAAUUUUACACGAGGAAUGUUCUUGAGAUCCACAAGUCUUCGGGGCUGAGAGACGUCGGGGGGGUUCGCUGGCAGUUGAUGCUCUGCCUUUUUCUCAUUUUCACCAUCGUAUACUUCAGCCUGUGGAAGGGCGUAAAGACUUCAGGGAAGGUAGUGUGGGUGACGGCCACCUUGCCCUACAUUGUGCUCUUCAUCCUGCUUAUUCGAGGCGCCACUCUGCCAGGAGCCUGGAGAGGUGUGGUGUUCUACCUGAAACCACAGUGGGGGAAGUUGCUGGAGACCCGUGUAUGGGUGGAUGCGGCGGCUCAGAUUUUCUUCUCCCUGGGGCCCGGGUUCGGCGUGCUCCUGGCUCUCUCCAGCUACAACCCUUUCACAAAUAACUGCUAUCGAGACGCCAUAGUGACCAGUUUGGUGAACUGUUUGACGAGCUUCGUGUCGGGGUUUGUGAUCUUCACGGUGCUCGGAUACAUGGCAGAGAUGAGGCAGGUGGAGGUGGAGGAUGUAGCCAGGGAUAAAGGUCCAAGUUUGCUCUUCAUCACGUACCCAGAGGCCAUUGCAAACAUGAUGGGCUCGACCUUUUUUGCAAUCAUCUUUUUUGUGAUGAUGAUCACGUUGGGACUGGACAGCACGUUCGGGGGGCUGGAGGCGAUCAUCACUGCUGUGUUGGAUGAAUACCCGGAUCGUUUCUCACACAGGCGGGAACUUUUAGUUCUGGGCUUGGUAGUCGUCUGCUUUUUGGGCUCUCUAAGCACCCUUACAUAUGGUGGUGCCUAUGUGGUGAAGCUGCUGGAGGAAUUCGGAGUGGGAUGCUCCAUUAUAGCUGUGGGUUUCCUCGAGGCCAUCGCAGUUUUCUGGUUCUACGGUAUCACAAGAUUUAGCAAUGAUGUUAAGGCCAUGCUGGGCAAAGCUCCAGGAUUGUUCUGGAAGGUGUGCUGGGUGGCCAUCAGUCCAGCAUUUCUAGCGUAUAUUAUAGUGAGCUCCCUGCUGAAAGUGCCGCACCUGACGCUGUUCGACUACACAUACCCAGACUGGAGCAUCACAGUGGGAUACAUGAUGGCCCUCUCCUCCUUCAUGUGGAUCCCCAUCUACAUGGUCUACAAGCUGGUGUGGACCCCUGGAUCUCUCAAACAGAGGUUGGCGGUGUGUCUCAGACCGGAGAGGACCCUACCUGACAUCCACGCUGACAGCCUCAACAUGGCCACUGUGCCGUAGAAAGAAAAAUAUCCCUUGCUUGUAGUUUCUACUCAAAAACCACAGUUUUAAGUUAUUAUUUAUGACUGGACCUAAAGGUUAUCUGACAACGUGACAGUUACCUGCUGAUUACAUUACAUUACAUGUUACUUGUUAGAUGCUUUUAUCCAAAGCGACUUACAUACUCAAUACUGUGGACAAUCCCCACUAGAGCAAUUUUGGGGUGAAGUGUCUCAGGGACACAACGACAUGCUGACUGCAGUGGAGUUUGAACCUGUGCUCCCCUGAUCCUAACACCAAUGCACUAUCCACUACGCCACACGCCUGCGUGUGGCGCUGAUGAUAUCCAACAUGACAACUUUCACUGCAC